AAGUCAAGUAGCGCGGCUGCGGCGGGGCGGGUCGGGCCGAGCGCAGCCGAUCGGCCAUGGAGCGACGCGGGCUGGGGCUGUCCCCGUGGCGGGCGCUGCUGGCUCUGCUGCUGGCGCUGGUGGCCCAGGCCCCGCUCGCCUGGGCCGGCCGCGGGCUGGCGCUCUGGCCCCUGCCGCUGUCGGUGAAGGUGACAGGCACUCAGCUGCGCCUAGCCGCCGAGAACUUCUACAUCGACCACGGCCCCAAUUCCACGGCCGGUCCCACCUGCUCCGCACUGGAGGAAGCAUUUCGGCGAUAUUAUGAAUAUAUUUUUGGUGUUUACAAGCGGCCUCAGGGGCUUCCGAAACUUGAGGGUGGAACACAAUUAAAGCAACUUCUGGUCUCAGUUGUCCUUGAGUCCGAGUGUGAUGCUUUCCCCAGCAUGUCUUCGGAUGAAUCCUAUUCUUUACUUGUGAAGGAACCUGUGGCUCUCCUCAAGGCCAACAGAGUCUGGGGAGCAUUACGAGGUUUAGAGACCUUUAGCCAGUUGAUUUAUCAAGAUUCGUAUGGUACUUUUACCAUCAAUGAAUCCAACAUUGUUGACUCUCCAAGGUUUCCUCACAGAGGAAUUCUAAUUGAUACAUCCAGGCACUUUCUGCCACUUAAGGUUAUUCUUAAAACCCUGGAUGCCAUGGCUUUUAAUAAGUUUAAUGUUCUCCACUGGCACAUAGUGGAUGAUGAGUCUUUCCCUUAUCAGAGCAUCACUUUUCCAGAGUUAAGUGAUAAAGGAAGCUAUUCUCCAUCUCAUGUUUAUACAUCAAAUGAUGUCCAUAUGGUGAUUGAAUAUGCCAGAUUACGAGGGAUUCGAGUCUUACCAGAAUUUGAUACCCCUGGACAUAUGGCGUCUUGGGGAAAAAGUCAGAAAGACCUCCUGACUCCAUGUUACCCUAAACAGAGACAGUUGAACACUUUUGGACCUAUAAACCCUAUUCCCAAUACAACUUACAGCUUCCUCACUUCAUUUUUCAAAGAAAUUAGUAAGGUGUUUCCAGAUGAAUUCAUUCAUUUGGGAGGAGACGAAGUAGAUUUUAACUGUUGGGAGUCAAAUCCAAACAUACGAGAUUUUAUGAAGCAAAAAGGCUUUGGUGAAGAUUUCAGAAAACUAGAAUCUUUCUAUAUUCAAAAGCUUUUGGAUAUUAUUGCAACCCUAAACAAGAGAUCCGUUGUCUGGCAAGAGGUUUUUGAUGAUAAAGUGAAGCUUCAGCAAGGCACAAUAGUUGAAGUGUGGAAAAACUCCGUGUAUUUUGAGGAAAUGAGUAGAAUCACAGCAUCUGGCUUUCCUGUAAUCCUUUCUGCCCCCUGGUACUUAGAUUUGAUAAGUUAUGGACAAGACUGGAAACAGUACUAUACUGUGGAACCUCUUAAUUUUGUGGGUACACAGACACAGAAAAAACUUGUCCUUGGUGGAGAAGCUUGUCUAUGGGGAGAAUAUGUGGAUGCAACUAACCUUACUCCAAGAUUAUGGCCUCGAGCAAGUGCCGUUGGUGAGAGACUUUGGAGUCCCCAAAAUGUUAAAGAUGUCAAUGACGCCUACAACAGACUAACGAGGCACCGCUGCAGAAUGCUCAGACGUGGAAUAGCUGCACAACCUCUUUACACUGGAUAUUGCAACUAUGAGGAAAACAUGUGAAAUGAGCUGAAACCAACAUAGGAAGGGGAAAGGCCCCAGUGCUGUGUUACAAUCAACUUGAUUUUGAAAUCAUGUAAAUUAAAAUGUUACUUUUUGAAUACAAUCUAUUGAUUAAACCUCUUAUUUUAUAUUACA